AUGGCGGCAGAUACAGGCGAUGGUGGUUCGAGGGGAGGCGGGCGAGCGGGAGGCUCGCAGGGCCUUGGGUGCUCGAGGAGAGGCCGAGGGCGGCUGGAACCGACUAGAGGCGACGCCCUACGGCGCGGGGACGAGGUGGCGUUGGGGGCGCUGCUGCAGACAUGGAUGGAUAGGAGAUGGGAAGAUCUGGCCGGCUGGCGCUCCAGCGGGCGAGGCGGCGGCACAAGGCAGGAGGCGGCUCGGUCUACGGCUACUCGGAUGCUCGGCGUGGGCGGAGCCGGCUCGAGGAAGAGGAGCCUGGCAUGGCUCCCGCUUGAGGUGGCAUUCCUAGAGGAGCUCGGCGGCGGCUCCAAAGGAAGAAAAGAAGUGGAGUUGGAUAAAAAGGAAAUUGAAGAACGGUGCAAAUGUGUUAUGGGUGAAUCCAAGCCAAUGGAAUGGUUUAAUAUAGCUCCCUAA